GAAUUUGCUUUAUUAGUCGUAACAUGAAAAUUGAAAACUUGAAAUUAGGUAUGUAGAAUUAAAAUUUACCAAACGUGACCAGGGAUAUUGAUUUAUGGUUACACUUUUAACGAUGGUUGACAUAUUUCUUGAUACUUACCAAUAUUUCGAGCGUGAAUUGUUUUGUUUAAACAGAGGACAUUAAAACUUUACGUAAACAAGGUUUGAUGUACAUGUACAUUUUAAAUUAAGUCAGAAACUUAGUUGGAUAUAUGCUCUUAUUUAACCGGAUUAUACUUAUUAUCAUUUGUGCAGGAUAAAGCCCGAUUUAUGGAAAGUGGAAAUGUAUUUUAUCAUUUGCAUCAGCGUUUUUCUCAUCUUCAUACCUGAAGGGACCUGCUCGACCACUACCCAAGCACCGCUAACAUGUGAAACUGUUUCAUGCGCGGCAAACCAGUACUGUCAGCAGAACCAAGGAGGUCCAAUUUGCAGACUGUGUGAUGAUGCAUGCAGUGGCUGUAUUGGUUACGGACCUACACGGUGCAAAGAAUGCAAUCCGGGAUACCGUAACAAUACCAAUACAAGAACCUGCGAACCCUGCCCUACAAACACAUAUGGCGUCGACUGCGUUGGCACAUGCCAUUGUCUUUUAAAUGACUGCAACCAGCAGACGGGAUUUUGCGAGAGUAACACAUGCUUCCAGGGCUGGUCCGGUCCUCCAUCAUGUCAGACACCAUGUAGUAACACCACAUUCGGAUCAAACUGCGUGUAUCAAUGCCAUUGUCCACCAGACGAUACUUGUUCUCCUGUCAACGGACUGUGCAGUAGUAACGGAUGUGCAGUAGGCUGGGCAAGUGCCGGGUGCCAGAACGAACUACCUCAGUUAAACGACCCACCGACGGCGGAAAACGUAACUUGUUCAAACAUGACCGUCAUAUGGAGAGGUUGGCGGAAAGGGGUUGAUAAAGGCAAUACGGACAGAAGAAUAGCUCAAUACGAGCUGUAUAUGGCAUACAACGCUUCACGUGAAUUUGCACCGGAAUGGCGGCACGUAAGAAAUGUCCCGCACGUGUUUGGUGUACAGCAAUAUACUGAGAAUGUUGUCGGUCUUGAACCUGACGUGUUUUACGUUUUCCGCGUUGACGUCAGACAGUAUGACGGUGACAAACUUAUUGGACACAUCUUAGAUGGGAAAAUUUCGGAGGAAUUUUUCACACCUUGCACACAAACCACGACAACAACAACCACGACCGUUACAUUACCGAUUACUACGCGACCUCCAGGUCCAUACCUCCUUGAUGAGAGUAAAUUCUUCAUCCAGAGUUUUGAAGGCUAUCCGAAUAUACUGCAAAUUGAAUGGGCGGUUCUAGAAGACGUAGCAAAUUUUACACUCAGUGUGACCUUGAACAUUUUUGAAGUAAAAGUCAGAGAGCCGGACUGUCCGGAAAACUACAUAGCUGAUAUAGACGUGAUAACGUUAGAAAAGUCAGGCAGUUACAAUGUUACCAAUCUGUUGCCAUGGAGAUUGUAUAGGUUUAAUUUAACAGCUGUGAGUGAGACACACAACCUUACAGAUUCACUACACAAAGAUGCUGGAACGCCGGAAGAUGUACCAACGGCGCCGGUUAGGAAUCUAAAAGUCUCUUCCAUAGCCGCCGGAUCUGCUUUAGUGAGCUGGUAUGUUCCAGAAUGCUCUGGUCGCAAUGGCGCCUUUCAGAACUACACAUUAGAUGUUUACGCGUUACCCAACGAUACACAUAUAGCUAUGACGUACGACACAGAUUCGCCAUUCUUUGAAAUAACGUCUCUCAUGCCUUACAAAAACUAUAGUGUAUCCGUUGUGUAUGUCAACUCUGCAGGUCGAGGACGUCAAGUGGCGACUCUCGUUUCGUUUAGAACUUUAGAAGCAGUACCAGGGCCUCCGAGUAUAUCCAGUAUAAGGGCAGAUAUGACGUCAAUUACACUGGUUGUUCAAGAACCUGCUAUACCGAAUGGAAUUGUCCUUGAAUAUCAUGUGUCAGUUGCGGAAAAUGUGAACUUUCAAUCUUCUGUAACAAAAAGCUUUCUUAGAGAAAGUAAUGACAGAUUCCUCACAGCGAUAAUGACCAAUUUAUUACCAGACACUACCUAUUUUAUCAAGGUUUCUGCCAGCACAAGUGUAGGACCCGGUCAGCCGAGCCCUACGAGACAAAUUGAAACAAAGCAGUCGGUGCCAAGACCACCAGCUAACAUUACAUCGGACAAAAGUAGUCGGAACGUUUCGUGUGUUAAACUACAAUGGUCUCAUGAGGAUAUAUAUAACGGAAACAUUACUGGUUACAAUGUGUCUUACCAAGAAACAGGAGUUACUCAGGGCACGGUUAAAAGUUUUGCAACAGAAAAUACUUAUGCACAAAUAUGUGAUCUUAAAUCAGGCCGUUAUUAUACAUUCAUGAUAAAAGCUUCUAAUCCAACUGGGUUCAGUGAAGCUUCUAUACUUACCAUCUCCACCGAGCAACCCGACCCACCAAUUCCGCCAUUACCGGAAGUGAUAAAUACAACGUCGACUACUAUCGGCGUUGCGUUAUUUCCAGUUGUUGUGACAAACACUUUGUACGAAUAUGGCUAUUUAGUCUCAAUACAAGAUGUUACGGGAAAAACGAAGCGAGCAGUGAGCACAAGUAACAUUUCCUGUCCUGGAAUUAAUGAAAUACCUGGUACGAUUGUUAAAAAUUUUACUCAGGCCGAAAUACCGUUUAAAAUUUCCUUCAUAAUAGGCGACGGGAAACAAUAUGGUGACUUUGAAAAUAAGCCUUUGACAAAGAAUAACUUGUAUGACAUUUAUUAUGUUAUAACGAGUUAUUUUGAAGACGUAUGUAAAUACACGUAUGUAAAGACAUCAAGCCCGGUGAAAGUGGCCCCUGCUGCUGUUAUGGUACCAAACACUACAGAAAGCUCUUCGACAAAUGUCGUAUUAAUUGUCGGCAUUGUCAUUCUUGUUGUUAUUAUAAUAAUUUUUAUCAUUGUGUUUAUAUACUGCUGGUGGCGCAGACGACAAUCCGACCAAAACUAUAAACCAUAUUACAAUGAGAGCGAUGAUCACUUUGAUCUUAAAAUCUACGAGAGAAUUGACAAUUAUAAUGCACAGAAAUAUUGGAACACAAUUUAUUCCUUGCGUGAAAGUAGGUACAUAGUGGAAGGGAGAGAGCACAUACGUGACGGACAACGGAUAAUGAAUGGAUCGGUCGGCGUGGCUACUGGAGAACAGCCUUUACUGUUCCAGGAUGAAUUCUCUAAUCUUCCCCAUGGACGUUUAUCAGCGUUUAAUGUGGCAAAGAAAAGAGAUAAUGAACUUAAAAACAGGUUUAGUCAUUUGCUGCCAUAUGAUCACAGUCGCGUGAUUUUAGACCCAGAUGUCAAUUCUGAAAGUGAUUACAUAAAUGCCAGUUUUAUCAAGGGCUACAAACACCAGAGAGCAUAUAUUGCCGCGCAAAGCCCGUUCGAUGAGGAUACCGUCCUAGAUUUCUGGCGGAUGAUAUACCAGUAUGAAGUUAGAGUGAUAGUAAUGCUUUCAAACAUUGUGGAAGACAAUAUUGUAAAGUGUACGCAGUAUUGGCCUGACCAGGGUCGUGCAAUGUAUGGACAGUUUAUAUUAGACCUUGUUGAUGUACAAGAAUAUGCAGAUUACACACUCAGAUCUUUACGAGUUCGAACCUCAACUGAACGAGACUGGCAAAUGGUGUAUAUAUUUGACUAUACUUCGUGGCCCGAGCAUGGUGUUCCCGGUGACGCAAUUCCGUUACUUGAAAUGAGAAGAAAGAUAAAUGUUUACCAAAAUAGGUACACUACACCAAUUGUUGUUCAUUGCGGAACUGGCGUAAGUAGAAGCGGUGUUUACAUAGCAGUUGAUUCUCUGCUGCAGCAAUACGAACAAGAGGGGAGAAUUAGUGUGUACUCUUUUGUAAAGAAAAUGCGAAAAGACAGACCAGCUAUGGUUAGAACAGCAAAACAAUACAUAUUUAUCUACGAGGCUAUAUUUGAAGCCAUGGUGGUCGGUGACACACUAACUGGACCUGGUGAUCUUAAAGAAAUGUACGAAAGUCUAACAAAGAAAAAUCCAAACACUAAGCAUUCUUACUUGCAUGGACAAUUCCAUUGUCUAGAAGAGUAUACGCGAAAACUGUAUCCAUCCGCGUGUUCUCAUGCCUAUUUUCCGGCGAAUGUGAACAAAAAUCGUUUCUGUGAAAUAGUCCCACCUGACCAAUUCAGACCAAUACUAACGACACCUGGAGGUUUAGGUAGAACUGAUUACAUAAACGCUGUCUACUUAGACAGUCACAGGAAGUCCUGCCACUAUGUGAUCACACAAACACCCCUGCAUACGACCGUCAUAGACUUUUGGAAGCUUGUUUACGACCAUGACAUUUAUACAAUCGUAAUGAUGGAGCCUAUGACAUUUGAUGACGAUACAAGCGCGGAAUAUUGGCCGGAAGAUCACAUGAAACAGUACGAACCUUUCUUUGUUGAAACUGCCGAUGUUUAUCAACAAGAAAACAUCACCAUACGUAAUUUCAAACUUACCAGCAUGGGAAAUCCAAAAGAUACCCGCCAUAUCCGUCAGUUUCAGUUCAACGCUUGGGCUGAUUCGGAGUUUGUACCCAAGUCUAAAUCCAUGCUUCUUGAUGUUAUUGAUCUUGUAGACGACUGGCAGCGCGUCAAUAACAAUGAUUCUACGCCUAUUCUGGUUCACUGUAAGGAUGGUGCUACGCACAGUGGGUUGUUUAUUGCGGUGAGUCUUCUGUGCGAGAAAGUCCUAGAUGAAGGCGAGGUGGAUGUCUUCCAUACAAUAAAGCAUUUGAAGCGUCGCAGAACUCAGAUUGUUGAUAUGCUGGAUCAAUAUCGUUUUUGUUACAAAGCAUUAUGGGAUUUUAUCAACAUGCGUAUGCCGGGCGGGACACUCACGGAGCAGAUGAGCAAGACGAUUGCCGAUAAACCUUACAGCAGUUUGAGCCUGGCUUCAUAUGCGUCCGCGCAUGAUUAUAUGCCGUAUUAAGUGUCUUACUGGAAACCAAAGAUUUGUGUUUUUUUGGAGAUAGCGGACAUUUUAUUUACUAGCGAUGAAAUAUAGAAAUUAAAAUGGACGUAAACGCUUUUGUUAUUCGGAGAAUACUUCUUUUUGCUGUUUUGUAUACUUGACUACUUAUCAUAGUACAAAUUAAAUUUUCAUAUCACUAUAUAUAGAAGUUGCUGGUGCAAAUUUUAAAGGUGCAUAUACAUGGUAUCUAAACCGCUAGUAAAAUAUGUCUACUGGGUAAUCAUGGUGCUUAUAACUUUAGUAUGUCUUCUGAAAAAACUUUGUCGGAAAAAAAUUGCUCAACUGCGCUUCAUUUUGUUGUAUUUUCAUUUUCUGUAAUAUUAAGCUUUUUUUCACUUCAUUUUUAGUUCUCAUGUAAAGUUUUCUGAUUGACUAAACCAUUAAAGAUAUCAGCUUUAUUUAGUAUUAUUCAUUUUAGUAUUUGCACAACUUUAUCGUCAAUGAGAGGGCAUUAUUUAAGAAACUUCCGACUGUCUAUUUCCCAUAACCUCCCUUCAAUAGUGUCCAUGUAAAAUUGGCAUUUAUAUUUGGAUAAACAACCAAAGUAUGCUGCUCUGCUCCAGUCCCCACCGUUUAAGCUGUUUUAAAUGGUAUAUUUUUUCUUGUUGGCAGCAUAUCAUAAUAGUAAAAUUGCUUGAAAUGUGUGAUAGCCAGUUAUUCAUUGCAUUUUUAUCUUUAAAAAAUGGAGUAGUAAAAUAUACGAAUAUACAGAAUAAAACACUAUAAUUACUUUAUAAAGUUUUACCCCUAGAGUAUAUUAUAUAUGUUUGUUACAAUAUGUACAACGUACGUACGGGUAAAGUAUUCGCAAUGAGACCAUAUAUUCGUUCACCAUCUAUUCAUGAUUUUGUAUUUUAAAAUUUUAGUACUUUGCUUUUGAACUAGCCAACAUGACUAUUAUUUAAAUUUAACUGCAAGUGACAUGUAAUGUAUCAGAUAAAAUAUGGAAAUUUAGUAUUGUCCUUUUGAUUAUCUGGAAACUAAACCGUGUGACCAUAUUCACUGGGCACGCAAUGUAGUCUAUGAACUUCUGUCUGCUUGUGUAUAAAUAUAACACUCCUGCUUGCAUAGCAUCAAUUUUUUCUGCACAAUAUAUAUUUAUUUUUUUAAGUUUCAAUGUUAGAAUAUAAGGUUAUUUUUAUUUUAGUUUAAAUGUCGU